AUGUCUGCAGCACGAUUCGCUCCUCUCCUCAGAACCCGGGUGGCGGUACAGACCGCACCUGGCUUCCAGGCCAUUCGCUCCAUCUCAGCUACGGCACCAUGCAACAAGGGACCUGUUGAUGCGACAAAGGAGACAUUGAAGAAAGCCGACCGGACUGUUUCUGAUGCAGCAGUCAAGGGCAUCAACACGGGUGAGAAAGCCGCCCACAAGCUUAAGGAUGCUGUUAGCGGCGGGGCUAAGCAAGCAAAGGAAAAGGGAGAAGAGGUGAAGGGCGAGGCGGCCCAGUAUGCAGACAAGGGCAAGAGCAAGGCAGAAGAAGCACUGAGAAAGUAG